GCGGAACGGGGUGAAUGACAGAAAGUUCGCAACUAAAAACCAAGAUGGCGGUGGCGGAGUUGGAAGUUUUGCACUACGGAAUCAUCGCCAUUCUCCUCAUCCUGCCCGUUUUGUACGAGACCAGCGCUACCUUCAAGUACUUCGCCAAGUUCGUUCUGUACGACACCAUUGUGAUGUGCAUUGCUGUUUUCCUCAUGCCGGUUUUGGCGUUCAGGCCCAGAGACGUAAACAACUACAGGAUAGUGUCGUGGGUGGUUAAGAACAUCAUGAAGAUAUUUGCCAUAAAGAUUGAUAUAAAACACAAGGAGAGACUGGUGUCUGACCAACCCUACAUACUGGUGUCCAACCAUCAGAGUUCCCUCGACUUCAUAGGCAUGAUGGAGCUGCUACCAGACCGCUGCGCUUUUCUGGCGAAACGAGAACUCCUGUGGGCGGGGCCAUUCGGCAUCUCCUCGUGGCUCUGUGGAACCAUUUUUAUCGACAGACUCAACCCAGAGAAGGCACGAGACACCAUGGACCAAACAGCCGAAAUUUUACACACAAAAAAUAUAAAACUCUGGAUUUUCCCAGAGGGAACAAGAAACCACAAUGGCUCCAUGUUACCCUUCAAGAAAGGUGCUUUCUACCUAGCCGUCCAGGCACAGAUCCCCAUUGUUCCAGUGGUCUUCUCAUCUUUCUCCCACUUCUACAACAAGAAGGAAAGGAAGUUUGAAACAGGCAGGGUAACUGCAACAGUCCUUCCACCAGUCUCCACCGAGGGUCUCACCAAGGAUGACGUGACAGACCUCACAGAACAAGUCCGCAAAGUCAUGCUGCAAACCUUCAACGAAACCUCCCUUCCCAGAAUGGAGCCCAACGGCUACAGCUAAACCUGCAACCCGGGGUCCAAAUAUUAGAAUAUGCAAGCGGCAACAACAUACAACCCACCUGAGGUUAUACAGAAACUAGGUGUCAAAACUGUAAUAGUCUCUACCAGACUCCAAUAGGUCGAUAGAAAAAAAACAGUCGGAACCUUUCCCCA